GCGGGGCGUGGAGCGGCUGCGGUCCUUAGUAAGGCGCGAGCGGCGCGCUAUGCCGCACCACUAUGAGUCCUCCGCACAGCUUCGCGAUCCGCGACAUCCUCCCGGAGGCCUUGUCGCGUUCGCCCUCGCCCUCCGACGCCGAGCUCGACGUCACGGGCACCGAGACGCCGCCGCCCUGUGCCUCGACAUCGAACGAAAACAAGAAAAACGAAAAACCGGCCUACAGCUACAACGCACUCAUCAUGAUGGCCAUCCGCAGCAGCCCCGAGAAACGACUCACUCUCAACGGUAUCUACGAGUACAUCAUGAAAAAUUUCCCGUAUUACAAAGAGAACAAACAAGGUUGGCAAAAUUCUAUACGUCACAAUUUGAGUUUGAACAAGUGCUUCGUGAAAGUGCCGCGCCACUACGACGACCCCGGCAAGGGGAACUACUGGAUGCUGGAUCCGUCUUCGGAUGACGUGUUCAUCGGCGGAACGACGGGCAAGCUACGAAGGAGGUCGACGGCCGCGUCCCGGUCGCGACUGGCCGCGUUCAAACGUGGCGCGCUGCUGCACCCGAUGUUCGGGAAUCCGUACGCGUCGUUGGUCGGUCUGUACCCGCCGCUGCUAUCGGUGUACGGGCGGUACGCGCUUCCGAGUCCUCUGCUGAGGCUGCCGCCGCCGCCGCCCAGCCCGUACCACCAGCUGUACCGGCGGCUGCACGGACUGGCGGCCCCGACCAGCCCGCCGCCGGAGCCCGACCACCUCGUCAAGCACAGUUGAUCGACAGGGGUCUUUGCACUGAUAUUUCAGUAUAUCCCGGCGAAGACAAGUGACCGCGUAGUGCACUGGACUGUGAUAGCCGUGAACGGAGAAUGUACAGAAUGAACCUUGUAUAAAGUCGUAUCGCUAUUUAUUGUCGACGUAAGCUAUUAUUUAAUGAAUUCAUUGUAGCGGAUAAGAGAAUUAAUUUAAGUUAUAUUAACGCAAUAAAGAUUUUUGUCCUGAA